AACAUAAUUUUCUUUCUUUUUUUUUUUUUUUUCAUUUUAAAACACACAACAGAGCGCAACAUCAUUACUGCAUGUGGUGAGUGAAAAUCAUUGCGUUGUUUAUCUGAAAGCGAAGGUUUUUUUUUUUUUUUUUUUUUUAAAGAAAAUGUCCACACCUCUUCCUCUUGCUCAUGUGUUCCUUAUUUUCCACCUAAACGUGCACAGCUAUAAAUAGACUACUCCAUAAAUGGCUGGAAACAGUCCCUAAUUAAUUUCGGGAGAGUUAGAUAGCUUGCAUCAGGCUGCAACUUUAAGGCUUUUGUUCUGGAAAUUUGAUCAUCCACAUUUUUACUUCAUUUCCUCUUCUGCUCAUUUACACGGUGCAGAUAAAUCCGUUAUUCUGUAGAUUCGCUGGAUUUGCUGUUUGAACUGGAAUUUUUCUGAGGGAGUAAAAAAAAAAUAAACAAAUAAAAGCAAAUAAAAAUCACAUUGUCUAAAAAGGAGAGGGCGCAAUUUUCGGUUUUUCCUCCAUCCCUGUAUCUUAAACAAGCUGUAACAAGCUGGUCAUAAACAAGCUGUGAUGGUUUACAUAUUUUUAGGUUAUUAAAAUAGAGUUGGGAUUAAAUUCAGCCAGUUUGAACAGGGAUUAGUCCACUUUCAUUUGAUUAACAGAGCAAUGCGCAUUUUGGCGUCUCCUGUAUCGCGCAAAGCUUAAGGUGCGUUUUUGCGCAAUUAAUAAAUUUUUAUUUAUUUAUUUAUUUAUUUUUAAUUAGACCUCCAGCAGCAGAGAAUUCAUUCAGGAUGACACUAAGGAGAGCUUAUAGACAACUGGAUUCUACAUUACAGUUUGCUAGGCUUGUGUUAGGGAGCUCUAUUUAAAUGCGUGCUGAUGUUUUAGCGCAAGUUUUUCAGCACAAGAUUUCCAAAUGCUCACAAAAAAAAAAAAAAAAAUCACAUUUUAAAAAACAAAAUUUGACUCAUCAGUGUGUUCCUUUCGUUUCAGCACAGAAACAUGACCUGCUUCUUUAGUCCUUUAUUAAAGAUAGACAGACUUUUUUUUUUUUUUAGGUGAAGGCAUCCAUGGGCUACUUUUGUUACCUGCCAGAUGUGUGUGUGUGUGUGUGUGUGUGUGUUAGUAGAGGGGUAAAAUCAUGACUGAUUGUAAAUAAUAAAACAUUUCUGGAGCAGUGUGUUACAUAAGCACCACUGAAUGACGAAAAAAGCCCCAAAGGCGAAUUGGACGCAUUGGGAAUCGGUCGAAACCUUAAGCACCGAGCCGAAGAGCUUUCCAGCUGCAGGUCUCUGCUCAGAGAUGAUGAUGAUGAUGAUGAUGAAGGUGAUGAUGAUGGUGGUGGUGGUGGUGAUGAUGGAGGGGAAAUGAUGCAGAUUUUUUUUUCCCCCUCAAACGAGUAUACUCGGAAAUCCUGGCGUUUUUACGCACUUUGCACAAGACCUGCGUAAGAAAAGAAUCAAAAAAAUAAUAUUUCAUUGCAAUUAAAUUGAUGAAUCAAUAACCCGAGAUUCCUCGUGCUGUUUAAUAAUUAGCUCCCUCGCGAGCUGAAAUCCGCGCGGUGUCUCUUCUCUGUUUCCCGCAACCGAAAAAACGCUUCAUCCGCAUCAGCGGCGCGCGCAGAUCAGCAAACCGAGCUCGCGGCUUCCGGGGCGAGGCGGUCGGUCUGCACGCGCCAGACCCAUGAGGACCAACUAACAGCCAUAACACCCACAGACGCCGAGGGUAUAAGAACCCCAAGCGCGCGCCAAGUUCCCAAACGGAGCUCUUGCUUUUGGAAAUCCAGGCGACAUUCAGGAUGUUUAUGGUUUGCUAGUCAUGCAGUGUUUGGAGAGCAGCGUUAUAACGCGUUAUGCACUGAUGUAGACUGAACUCCGACCGACUUGCACUGGGAUGUUGCUGUGUGUUGUACAACAGCAGCAAUGUUACCAUCUACUUUUCAACCAGCAGCGUUCGGAAACGGAUAAUAAAGUUUAAUGCAUGACACCAGGAUUGUUCUUUUCGCACAGAAAGGUGUGUGUUCUCCAGGGAUGUGCCCCACCUGCGCAUUCUGCAUUUGCCUUGUCAACAAAUCCCAUGUAAUGUUAGGGUUGAAGUGUGUGUUGCCGAGGGAAUGAGACUGCGUGGCAGGGAUCUGGACGAUUCCACCGGCUCCUGGAUACCAAGCGUCCUGGGCGUGCAGAGUGUCAGGCUUCGCCUUCGCCUCGAUCGCCGCACCGACAGGGGGAGGAGCCUCUGGCAACUGGUCGACCUGAGCGGAGAGGCGGUGCCGAGUGGGCAGGGCUUAUGGGAUAGGACACCACCCACUUGUUCACAGAGUAAGAAAGGUCUGAUGAGUAUUCCUACAGCAGCAUCUGGACAGACGGGGGGUGGAGACAUGCAGUCACCUGGGGCAAUAAGCCCCUCCUUCCUCCCACCCCCAACUGGAAAGGUUCCGGGUCGUAAGAGGGGACGGCCGCCGCUCAAAAGGCAUCCGGAGUAUCAGAAUCGCUACCCAGAAUCCCUCCCUCCCAUCAAAGUGCCUAAGAAGAGAGGGAGGAAGCCUGGAUUCAAGCUGAAGUCCCGGUUGGCGAUGACUCCUCUGGCCAUCUCCCCUCCCAGCAGCACUCCAGAACCAGACAUGAGCUCCAUCCCUCAGGAUGCUGCCACCGUUCCCCACUCUGCCACACCAGAGGUCCUUACAGUGUGUAUCUACGUGAAUAAACAGGUGAACACUGGUCCUAACCUGGACAGACAGAAAGUCAUGCAGCUUCCCGAUCACCUCGGCCCAGCGCGGCCUUCCGUGGUGCUGCAGCAGGCCGUGCAGGGUUGCAUCGAUAGCGCUUACCAGCAGAAAACGGUCUUCACCCUGCUCACACAGGGCUACGGAGGAGAGAAAAUAUCAGCCACGUUUGACGGCAAGCAGCACCUUUUGAGUCUGCCAGUGGUGAACAGUGUUGGCUACGUCCUUCGCUUCCUAAAAAAGCUCUGCCGGAGCCUUCUGUGCGAGAACCUCUUCAGUGAUCAGCCGAUUGCACCUUCCUCCUCUCCCUCCUCCUCUUCCUCGGCCCACACAGACAAGCAUUCAGACGGACAAUCCAAGUCGACAGACUCUAUGGUGGAUGAUUACCACUCUGAAACAAUGGAGUCCAAGCGCUACUCUGUCGAGCAUAGCGACACGGCCUUUGGUGUGAUGACAUCACCGUACAUAGCCUCGAAAUCCACCUAUGGGUUUCGCUCUGGUGCCGCCUACUCUGGGGGUGUUUGCAGACCAUCGGCCAGUCCCAGUGCAUUCCAGGAAGGAAACAGAAGUGCCUACAGUCCGUCCCCGGAGGCAGGUGAGUCAAAGCCUCCCCCGAGUAAAGACCCAUCCCGGUGGAGUGUAGAGGAGGUGGUGUGGUUUAUCAAAGAUGCAGACCCUCAGGCCCUCGGUCCACACGUGGAACUCUUUCGCAAACAUGAGAUUGAUGGAGAUGCUCUCCUGCUGCUGAAGAGUGACAUGAUCAUGAAGUACCUGGGACUCAAGCUUGGCCCAGCUCUCAAACUCUGCUACCACAUCGACAAGUUAAAACAGACCAAGUUCUGAAAUGCGCUUGGCCAUAACCACCAACCCACCUUCCCCCACACACCACUACCAGUCCCACACGCACACGCGCACACACACACACACACACACACACACACAAACUCUUGUGCACGCAUGCUUAUUUCCCUCCUACAAACACAUACACACAAACACAAACACACCGAGACGGACUACUUCACAAUAUCAAGACAUCAUUUUUCUUGGUUUUCAUUUGUGUUCUUCAUACGCAUUUUGACCCUCACCUACCAAGUGCCCGUGGACUUUUUAAAAUAUCUGUGAUUAUUUUGGACUUGACACUAAUUGACAAUUCCCUUGAGCUUGUUUUAACAUGGGUUGAGAGAGUGAUGAGCCACCCAUGAUGAAAGUUAUCGCUGGGACUUCCACAGAGCUUCUGGAAAUAUGCAUACUAAAGAUAGAUAAAGAUAAGAAAAUGUAAGGAAGUAAAAAAAAAAAAUCUGUCUUGGACAACAACAACAACAAAACUCAUCCUGCCUAGUAUGGAUAGUGGGACAGGUGAUGAUUUGUCGUGGACUGGACCCAUACAACUUCUGUACAUUUGACACAAUGUAUGGAUCAUUUGAAGGUGGUUUUUGGCCACCUUGUGGUUAAAAUGAGACAUUACAGCUCCCUGUGACGCUGGAUCCCAUUUUUCCAAGAGCAGCUAAACAAGACUUGAUCAUAUAUUCAUACUGAACUGUACAGACACAGUACUUUAGUGUGGAGUCACAUCUGAAAUUCUAACUUUCAAACACACAACAGGGCUACUACUGGUUUCAAAAACUUUUACCUCCAUAACCAGCGAAAUCCAGGCACUGAUACAACCGUGGACCAAUCAUGAAAUUCAGUAUGUGUUUGGGUUUUUGCACAAAUUGAAGUAUCACCUUUACAUGCCACACAUCUAAAAAUCUUAAUUUGUAUUGCAAACCAGCACUAAGAACAUGCAUUGCAGCACACCGAAACAUCUGCACAAUCCCGGUUUAACUAAAAGGACCAAACCCAGGUAGAACCACGGCACGUUUCUUUACUGAAUCCCACACACACCUGCCUCAGUUCAGUAAGGUGCAAAUAUUACAUAGAACACUGAUAUUACUCUAUAGGGUAUUGGAAAAUUGAUUAGUCCUUCAGUUAAUAAAAGAUAUCUCAAGAUAUAUAUUACAUGGAGACAUCAUAUAAGAUGUUUUACUAUUAAAAAUACUAAUCAGUGUCAAUAUUAUACUGGAGUACAUAAAUAGUGUGUUAUUUUUGGAUGCUAGCAUGCCGACUCAUCCCAAAACCUCCAUUUUUUUUUUUUUUAAACAGAAGAUUGUUUUGGCCUCAUUUCAGUGGUUGUAAUUUUUUUUUUUACUGCGACGGGUACUUUUUUCUUUGUGAAGUGACUCAACUGUCUGAGUUUUAGAGGUUUUUUUUUUCAGCAGGGAGAAAAUGUGGUGAUGGAACACAAGUGUAAAGUCAAUUUUUGUGUAAAUACAACAAUUUCAAGUAGAAGCAACAGAUCCAUACCGUGCCCUCCAGAAUGAUCAGCACCAUUCAUGAAAAGGUUUUUGGCAGCAGUUUAUGGCAGUAAGCUUCUUCCUGUAAUGUCUAACGUGUUGGAGACACUUGUAGAGAAAUGUUGGUCCACUCCUCCAUGCAGAACGUUUUAAGCUCCUUGAUAAUCUGAGGUUUCAGUAGGGUUCAAAUCUUCGGACUGAGAUGGUCGCUGGAAACAAUUACGUUUGCGUUUCGUUAAACAUUUCUGUGUUGAUGUUCUGUGUCAGAAUUACGUUUGUUUCAUCAUCUUGUUCAGAACUCUAUCUAUAGCCAAGCCUGAACCUCCUGGCAGAGGUAACCAGGUUUUGGCAUAAAAUAUCAUGGUAUUUAACAGAAUUCAUGAUGCCAUCACAAUCGCCCCUGACCAGUAAGAAGAUAGCCCCAAAGGACUGAUGAUCCAUAGUGGGUAUCUUAAUUCUUAUGAAAGGCCAAAAAGUAUUUUUUUUUAUAUUCAUUGCCUGAUUUGUGUAGGUCAAGAACCAACAACCAUCUUUUUUUUGUGUUGAAAGAUUGGUUUGUCCUAUGGUAAUGGACGACAAAGGGAUUUUACAUGUGUGUAACCUCAUAUCUGUACUCCAGGGAAACAGGACAAGGGAGCAGCAGUUACUGAUGAGUGCUCUUUUUUUUUUUUUUCUUUUAAGAAUGACAAUUUGUUUGCAUAAAUAUUUCUUGAGAGAAAAUACUAUUAUUUAAAAAAAAGAAAGAUUUUUUUUGUAAGAAAAACAUUAUUUUAUUGAGUUAAUUUUUUUGAAUUAUUGUGUGUAAUGUUAAUUUUAUAAUGUGCUUUUUUGCUCAUUUUAUGAAGGGUGCCAGUAAUUCAGGAGGGCACUGUAUUUGAAAAGUCACAUAAGUCAUACCUUGUGUUUAUCAGAUCAGCAGUUUCAAUUGCACAGGAGGAAAAAUGACUAUUUUAGAGUAAUUACGCCCAAAAUGUGUAAUCUGCUUUCAGCUCAGCUUUAGUGUAGCCGCCCUGCUAGCUCACUUGUACAGAAUCCCUUUCUACAUUUUUGAAUUGGUUCAGGCUGUUUGGUGUUUUCUCUUUCUUUCUGUGGAACUUUCUCCAUGUAGCACAUCCAGGUGAAUGAACAUAGCCCAUGUACUGUACAUCAUACUGUAAUAGGAAAGAAGCUGUUAGUCCAGCAGCCUGUGUUUCUUCAGAUUCAUGCUUAAGUGCUGUGUUCAGAUUUUUACCUGGUAAAACGUUCUGUUUUAGAGGGUAGGUAGGUGGUCAUAACAUGCCUGACACUUGAAACAUUUAGAUAGGAGAAUUAAAAAAAAAGAUAUCUUGAGUACUUAACUGUACAGCUGAAAUUAGCUCGAAAAGCUUAGAGGUGCUGUUUUCAAUCUGUUAGCUGUAACACCCUUUUUAUUUAAUCAG